CCACCGCAGUAAAGCUUCCGGCAGGCGCUGAGGUCUGUGAGCUCUGUAAGCUUAGUCGCCGUCGCUACCACCACCUUUCCGGGCCUGCUUCGGUAGUGACGGCGGCGCAGGGCAAGCCGGGAGUGUCCGCAGGGAGCAGCGGAACGGGCAGUUCAGCACCAGCGGGAUGUGGUACGAGAUCCUGCCCGGCAUGGCCGUCAUGGGCGUAUGCCUCAGCAUCCCCGGCCUCUCUACCGUCUACAUGCACCGCUGGCUGAACGGCGGCAAGGAGAAGAGGAUCGCCCGCUAUCCCUAUCAGUGGACCCUGAUGGAGAGAGACAGGCGGCUGUCGGGUGUCAACAAGUACUAUGUGUCCAAGGGUCUGGAGAACUUGGACUAAGAUGGUGGCACACUGAAGAAUCCAUAUACCUAUAUAAAAUGAUUUAACUCUUUAAUAAAGGUGUACAUGU